AGCUCUUUUGGAACUGCUGCAGUGAACGAAAGGAUACACUUCGCUCUCAUCUCACCAACUACCCCUUCGCUAUCGUAGGAUUUCUUUAACUGAAUAAGAACUCCGGUGGCAGAUACUGGCUGGACCUGGGCCCCAAUGACAGACUGACAGCCCGUGCUGCUACUGCGGACCUACACCCAGACCUGGAGGAGAGACCCAAUGACGAAACUUCUGACUAAAGUCCACUGACCACUUCACACUAACACCCAGAGGGAGUAGAACAUCUAGCUGAGUGAAGCUGUAUUUGGAGCUAUUGGCCUGGCCAUGUUGAGAGGAAGAACUGUACUUCUCCUGCUGGUCCUCUGGGCAUACCUGUGUUCCCAUGGGGAUGGACUGCGAGCCCUGAGGAGGAAUACAGGGGGGAGGCGGGGUGGCGCAGGGGUGGGGUUGACGCUGAUGGGACAGGACGCUAAUGGAGUGCCUCUGAGACGCUCCAAACGAGGAUGGAUGUGGAACCAGUUCUUCCUACUGGAGGAGUACACAGGGAUGGAUCACCAGUAUGUUGGCAAGCUCCACUCAGACGGGGACCGGGGUGACGGUAGCAUACGAUACGUCCUGACCGGUGAUGGAGCCGGUAGUCUGUUCAUCAUCGAUGAGAACUCUGGGGAUAUCCAUGCCACUAAGAGAUUGGACCGGGAGGAGAAGGCCUACUACACGCUCCGGGCCAAGGCCGUCAACAGAAUCACUAACACCUCUCUAGAGGGAGAGUCAGAGUUUAUCAUCAAGAUUCAUGACAUUAACGACAAUGAGCCCAAGUUUACCAAGGACCCUUACUUCACAGAGGUACCUGAGAUGUCCCCACUGGGCACGGUGGUGAUGCAGGUGACCGCUACAGACGCUGAUGACCCUACAUAUGGUAACAGUGCCAGGGUGGUCUACAGCAUCCUGCAAGGACAGCCAUACUUCUCUGUAGAGCCCAACACAGGUGUGAUCAAGACAGCCCUGCCUAACAUGGACAGGGAGACCAAGGAGAACUAUGUGGUUGUGAUCCAGGCUAAAGACAUGGCUGGACAGAUGGGUGGGUUAUCAGGGACCACCACAGUUAGCAUUACCCUCUCUGAUGUCAAUGACAACCCACCGCGCUUCCCAAAGAGUCUGUAUGAGUUCAAAGCUCCCGAGUCGACAGAACCGGGCUCGACAGUGGCCGUGCUGCGUGCUACGGACGCUGACAUCGGCAAGAACGCUGAGAUGAACUACCGAAUCACCAGCAGCGACGGCCCCUCCAUGUUCGACAUCUCAACCAAUAGGAGCACACAGGAUGGUGUCAUCACCCUCAGGAAGUCUCUGGACUUUGAGAGGAAGCGGUCCUACACUCUAAGGAUCCAGGUGGAGAACUCCAACCCUGACCCUCGGUUCCUGCGCUAUGCGGCGACCACGGACGGGGCGACGGUCAAACUGAUCGUGGAGGAUGUGGACGAGCCGCCCGUGUUCGACCGGGUCGGCUAUGUCAUGGAGGUCAAAGAAGACGUGGCAGUAGGCACAAUCAUCGGAUCAGUCAGCGCCACAGAUCCAGACAGCAGCCGCAGUCCCGUCAGGUACUCUAUUGACCGGCGUACAGACAUGGACAGGGUGCUCAACGUGCACCCAGGUAACGGCUCCGUGUUCAUGCUGAGGACUCUGGACAGAGAGGACAUCGCCUGGCACAAUGUCUCUGUUAUUGCCACUGAGUUCAACAACCCACGGCUGAUGAGUCGUGUACCAGUCUAUGUUAGAGUACUGGACGUUAAUGACAACGCUCCUACGUUCGCCACUUACUACGAGACAUUUGUCUGUGAAAACGCCAAGGCUAACCAGAGGAUUCAGACAGUAAGUGCUGCAGACGCUGAUGAGCCUAUUGGUGGACACAGGUUCUUCUUUAGUCUAGCGCACGAGGCAUCUGUGAAAGCCAACUUCACCGUCAGAGACAAUAAAGACAACACAGCAGGUAUCCUGACCAGACGAAACAGCUACAGCCGGCUACAGAGGAGUAACUAUCUGGUUCCCGUGGUAAUCUCGGACAGCGACUUGCCCAUGCAGAGCAGCACCAACACCCUGACGGUGCACGUUUGCACCUGCGACCGCGAGGGGAACAUGCAGCUGUGUAACCAGGAAGCUCUGGUCCUCACCGCAGGCCUCAGCACUGGAGCCCUCAUGGCCAUCAUCUUCUGUGUCCUCAUACUGCUCAUGAUCGUGGUGCUGUUCGCUGCCUUGAGGAGGCAGCAGAGGAAGAAGGAGCCUCUGAUCAUCUCCAAAGAGGAUGUGAGAGACAACGUCGUCAGCUACAACGAUGAAGGGGGCGGAGAGGAGGACACCCAGGCCUUUGAUAUCGGCACGCUGCGCAACCCAGAGGCCACAGAGGAGAGCAAACAGCGCAGGGACAUUAAGCCCGAGACCCUGCACCCUCCCAUCCGUCGGACUGUGAUCCUUCCCCCGGCCCACAGGGACAACGCGGACGUCAGGAACUUCAUAAACCAAAGGCUUCAGGAAAACGACCAGGACCCCACCGCACCGCCCUACGACUCCCUGGCCACCUACGCCUACGAAGGGAGCGGCUCGGUUGCUGAGUCCCUUAGCUCCCUGGGCUCCAUGACCAUAGAAGGAGACCAGGACUAUAACUACCUGAGCGAGUGGGGACCCAGGUUUAAGAAACUGGCAGACUUGUACGGGGGAGAGGACAGUGACAGCUGCAGGGAUUCCUAAUGAGAGAGAAGGAGCUCGUAAGAGGGGAGCUAAAGGAAAACAUACAACAAACAAACAAACACUCGCACACUAGCUAAAGUGAACUUAACUCCUGGUACUUUGUGAAAGUGGCAAACAAUAGAACAAAACAAAGAGGACACAAACAGACACGAGGCAGUGUUUUACCGUCGUUGAUCACCGUUGAUGUUUGACCUCUCUGGAGGACUAGGAGGAAGAAGAUAAGCUAUCCUGUCAGUAUUUAGUGGUCUUUCUCUUUCUCUGCUAGGCAGCAGGGGACUCCUGAGGAAAAGAGUUGUUGUACUUUACUCUGUACACCAGGCCCACAUACACAGUAUCUCUAUAUACAAACAAACUUCUACUCUUUUCUUUUUCAAAAGCUUCCUGCAAAGGAGGGAGUAACAGCAAGCGGUUUGGUGGGGGACUUGAUAGACAGACAACGCCUAUUCAUUUUUCAGUGUUUCUGGGACAAAAAAAGCUGCAUUUUGUGAGUUCUAUCGUAGCUUGUGUGUGCGUAUCUGUAAAUCGAUACAAUACAUUGUACAGUUAUGUUUUGUUUUCAGGCUUCUAGCUUCCCAUCCACCCUCUUAUAGCAAUGACUCUGUAUGUCACAAUGCUCUUUUGAGAUCACACAAGCCUUGCUGAGAGGCUGAAUGUUUGAUCUCUAUGGGUACACUCAAACUGUCCGCCAGUCACCCACUAUAGCAUAAUUGACUUGAAUGGGGACAACCGCUCUACUCAUUGUAUUUCUAUGGGUUGGACGUCAGAAAACACACCUUUCUGACUGUCAAUACCUGAUCCACAUCUUCUUAUAGUUUUGCAUAUAUUCUGUCUCACAAAUGGCAUACUAUUUCAUAGUGCAUUACAUUUGUACUAAGGUACAUAAGUCUCUGGUCAACAAUAGUGCACUAUCUAGGGAAUAGGGUGCCAUUUGUGACAAACACAUACAGCCAUGACCGAAAUUAUUGGCACCCUUGAUGAAGUUGAGAAAAGCUCUAUGCUAAUUUAUACUAAUUUUUUAUUAUUAUACUAAUACAAUUGCUCAGAGAAAGAGAUUUUGUUUAACAAGUAAUACAUUGUAUUAUUCCCCAAAAAUAGUGGUCAAAACUAUUGCUCAGUACUCUGGUACCCGCCACUUGUGAGGAUAACAGCACUUGUUUUAUGAGAUUGUAGUACACAUUGGGAGGGAUCUUAGACCAUUCCUCAGUACCGAAUCUUUACAUACAGAUUUGUUUUUAAUUAUUGUUAUAAAAAAUAGUUCUAUGAGCAAUUGUAUUAGUUUAAAAUAAUAUAAUUGUCAAAUGAAUUUAUCGUACAAUAUAGCUCAGUAUUUUUUACUCAUAUUUAUCAAAUGAAGGUAAAAAAAAAAAAUUAAAAAUCAAGGAUGACGUUAAACAAAAAUCAAGGAUUCCAAUCAUUUUGAUCAUAAACUAUAUUCUGUGUGGGGGUACCUGAAAUACCUGGACCAUGUAUCUGAAGAACUAAUGUCAAUAAUGCUUCACUUUCAAGGUACCCUCUUUAAAAAGUGCUACUGUAAUACCUGUCAUAACAUCCUUGUUGACCGGCUGAAGAAGUAGGUGAGAAACUCUGGCCUCGACUGAUUCAGGUCAUAUUUAUGUGGCAGACGUUUCCCGUGAGCAUGGGUGGUUCAGUAAUGUCCCCAGCAGCUGUUCACUAUUGUGUCCCUCAGGGGUCAAAUCUGGGCCACGUCCUUUUUCUUACCUGUCCCCUUGGUGACAGCAUCCACAAUAAUAACAAUUCAGUGUCACUGCUAGGCGGAUGACAUAGCUUUAUUUAACAAUCAGACCCAGUGACCAAGCUAGCAUAGCUACCCUUCACAAGUGUCUUGCUGACAUAAAAUGUUGGAUGACUGAACAUUUUCUCCAGCUCAAUGAUACAAAAAUCAGAGGAUGUUUUAUUUGGCCCCCCAUCCAGAUUGUAAAUAACCUUGGUCAUUAAGUCCACCAAUGUAAAGCCUACGGCCAGUAACCUUGUCCUCUUUGACCUUGACCUCGAGCAUGUAAAAACGGUAGUCCAGUCCUGCUUUUAUCACCUAAGAAAUAUAGCUAAAGUCAAAGUCUUAUUUCAGUCACUGAUCUGGAGAAAGUUAUACGCGCUUUUUAUUCCUCAUGCCUAGAUUACUGUUACUCUUUUGUGUGCAUGUCUCAGUCAGAAAUCACUCCAUUUGUCUGCAGUUAGUUCAAAGUGCUGCAGCUCUUCUUUUAAACAGGCACCAGGACAUGUUACCACAUCACACCUAUUUUAGCUUCUCUACAAAGGCUACCAGUCACUUUUGGAGUAUAUUUCUAAAUUGUAUUAAUCACAUGUAAGGUUAUACUUGGUUUAGCCCCAUUCCAUAUCGCAGAUCUUUCAUCUCCCUACAAGCCAGGAUGCAGCCUGAGAUCCUCUGGCAGGGGCACCGCUGACCAUUCCAAAGUCUCGGUUGAAAACGAAAGAAGAGCAGGUAUUUGCCAUUAGGGCCCCUGGACUUUGGAAUGGUCCGCCAGAGGAUACCAGGCCUGCCGAUUCAGUGCCUCUUUUUAAAUCCCUGCUGAAGACACACUUUUAUAAAGAUACAUUGAAAUCAUACAUUAAAAGGUCAUUUCAUUUUGCUAUCAUUUGUCAUUUUCCUUCCUGUCUCUGUCAGUACUUUUUAUUUGAUUGUUUUAUGAAGUGAGGCACUUUUUACUUGUGUUAAAACGCGCUAUACAAAUAAAGUAGUUAUUAUUAUUAUGUAUUCCUAUUGGAAGACUGUCUAUAGACAUGAAAGCAUAGAGGGUUACAGUAGCAGUGUGUUGCUUAGUAUAAACGAAACAUGCAGUUCCCAUUAAACAUUAAUUCCUUACUUAGUGUCUUACUCUGUAUGCUGUUCUGUAUUUUGAAACAGUUUCCUUUUCUUUCAAAUGUAAGUCAUUGAUUGAUGGUUGACUAUAUAUUUGUGAAGUGCACACUGACAAAAAGGGCAUUCGCAGGCUUGACAUAUUGGGACGAUGUGGGGGAAAACGCUGCCUAUUAUAAAGGGAAAUGUGAUAUUUCAGUUGUGAGGAAGAGGGUCGACAUUGCCUUGGGAUUGUCCUUGACAUAAGAGGUAAAGGUCAAUACAAUAUUAGGAGCAUGAAAUGGUCUGACACUUACGUAUGAAAUGGUUAUGAAAUGGUCUGACACUUACGUAUGAUAUGGUCAUGAAAUGGUCUGACACUUACGUAUGAAAUGGUCAUGAAAUGGUCUGACACUUACGUAUGAAAUGGUCAUGAAAUGGUUUGCCGUCAUAAAAUGGUUUGACAUAUAUGUAGUAAGAAAAUAUAGCAAUUCAAAUGAUGCAAAGCACCCCCAAAUUGUCCAAGGCCACAAAAGACUAAUUAAACAGCAGUAGCAUUGCGAUAUUGCCCCCAAGCAUUAUUUCUCUUUGAUUUAUGAACAAACAGCUUUGAUAUCGUUUAGCUGAUAAGAGGAAUGUAUGAGGGAGCACUCAGAGGGCAGCGGUACAUCAAGAGAAAAAAAGUACAGCGAUGCAUCCUAAAAGGCCCUUUAUUCCCGAUAGUCCACUAAUUUUGCCCAGGGCCCUGUUCAAAAUUAGUGUGCAAUAUAGGGAGUAGGCUGCCAUUUGGGAUUUAGCCUAGGUAAAACAAGCAGUGGCCACUCUCUACUAAAGGCCAACCUGAGGAAGGGUUACAUUUAUCAGAAAUUUCAAACGAAUAACACAACUGACGUAAUUGCCACGAUGACGAUUAUGUUUUUCUCUCUGUCAGCAGCAUUUACGAUUCACACAAAUCGGACUUGAUACUUUAUUUUUUUUAAAUAUAUUCCAAAUGCCCAUGGAUAUAAAAAAAUCGUGUAAUUUGAUGAAAAUGGUGUGGUAGCUUAGACAGUACUCUAAGACAAGAACACACUUGUUAAAAAUGUAUACUACUAUAAUAUGCUCAAUAUUAUAAUGAGAAACUGUGUAAAAAAAUGUUUUUAAAAGACCAUUGAGCACCCACUGUGUAAGUGACUGUUUGAGAUUGUGGCAAAUGUGGCUUUGAUAAGCAGCAUUUAUUUGGGUUCCUAAACAACUGAAAAACAACUGUUAUUCUUCUACUGCCCUGAGGGUUUGACAUCUAGUUUAUGUCAGAAGGAGAAAUGACAGCAGAAGACUGCAUUAUUGUUUUCCUUCUUUAAAAGGGGCAAUCUGGGAUUGGUACAUUCAUUGUCUCUCUUUAAUACAGGGUGUCAGCAGCAUAAUUUCACAAUAAAUACAUGUUUGUGCAUUAACACCAUGCUCAGCUAAGGACACAAGAGUUAGCUUCCAGAUAUGGCUAGCCUACAGUAAAUUCUGGUCCAGGGUGUUAGUGCGGCCUGCUAACACCGAUGCUUCCAUUCACACCCUGGACCAGAGCUAGCCUAGAGUAUACAGUACUGAUGUCUUCCUCAACUGUAGACAGUUGGCUAGCCUUAAGGUUGCCUCUAUAUUAUGUUGCUGACUAUGUUAUUGAGCAGUCUAUUGCUAUGUACCAAUUCUCCACCCUUCUCCUAAAUGGUGCACUUACACACUACCCGUCAUGGAUUUACAAGAAUAGGAAUGUUAAAUCCAUGCGAGAAGGUAGCAUCCUGUCUAGGGGCUGUACUUGUACACCAACCUGCCUCACGCUACAGAAAAAGGGGCUAGGCUCCUGCCCCAUGGGCCGUUUUGGCUCGGAUAAGCCUUACUUACUAUGCGAGAAAGUAUGCAAGUGCACACUUCAGGGGACGGAUGGAGAAUAGGGAUGCAGACAUUUUUUUCUAUGUGGAUUAAUACUAUGAGAGGUUAUAGUAUGUGAAGUUGUUAAAAGGGGCCCGGUCAUGACACGAUGCCCAUUAAUUCAUCUAUCUGCUUUGUACAACAUGAUUUUCUACUGCAUAUUUACAUGAUCCAACAAUUAAAUUUCUUCAAAAUCA